AUGCGUGUAAUUGAGGAAGGUGUGCUGAAGAUAAAGGGUCCCUGGCUGGAACAGUGGAACCGCAGGGGGGAAGUGCAAGACGGAUUAGAAUCGGGAGAGACGGGGGUGGAAGGGAGACAAGAAAGACUCAGUUCUGCAGUAAAAACUAGUGCAGCCGGUCGGGCAGCCGAUUGGGCAGGAUCUCUGGCUUCUGCGGCAAUAACUUCUCUGCACAGGCUUGUGAAAAUCCCGCAUAGAGAAGGGUGCUCUGCACAUCUCCAUUGUGCCAUACGUGUUCUCCCUUCUGUGCAGAAGCACUCUACAGGGCUUCUGUUUCUAUACAGAUUUCAAAGCACAAUAGUGAAAAUAGGGAUGAGUGGAUUCCCGCAGCCAUAUAAGAAACAGAACUUUUUAUUGCUCCUCGUUUAA